UUCGGAACAACUAUCGUGCUCGAUCUCUCAGCCUAUAUGCAUUCUCUUGAUGUAUUGCGGGAAUUCGUUGUAAACUGCAAUAAUCCAAAGCUAUGCUUUUUGCCAUCCCACGGCGAUGUGAUAACCGAUCCUCUUGCGAAAAUUGAAGAAUACAAGAGCUUCCGUAUGAAACAUAUCCAUAAAACUCGAGAAGGAAUUCUCCAAAACCCAUCCGAUACUUGGUUAAGCGAAAACAAGUUGAUCGAACAAAUCUAUCCAACCACGGGAUCAAAAAUGAAGCAAAUGAUCGGAAACAACCUUCGUCAAUGCCUGUUUUGGCAUCAAGCUAACGAGAAGGCGUUCAUCAUACAUGAUCCAAUAACUGCUAAUAGUAAGGAGCCCCGGACUGAGAAGGACUUCAAGGCUGCUACUGCUAUAGCUCGUCCGGGAUAUCUUCCAGAAAUUCUCAAUGAGGAGUGGUUAUGGAAAUGGAAUACGGUGGGACAGAAGAACCACAACAGUCAUCAAUCUAAUGUUACUAACCAUUCUUAA